AUGAACGUCUCUUCUAUCCCAGCUUCAGCGUGUGCUGCAAGCGCCAUAGCAUAUCCCACGGUAUUCGGUGCCGAGAUCCUGAAUCUUUCCGCCAACCUCGUUUUAAACUACUCCUCCGAAGUAUCGGAUCAGUACUAUUUCAACAACCCUUCCAUCAGUGUGAGAAACAUUGACUACUGCAACGUCACCGUCACAUACACGCAUCCCGGUCAGAACGACACAAUCAAUGUUGAGACAUGGCUCCCAAUGAAGAACUGGAACGGACGGCUUCAGGCUACCGGAGGUGGCGGCUGGGUCGCUGGUCGGUUCUUUCUGUCAUAUACUGCCAUGGCUGGAGCUCUUGGAAACGGCUAUGUUGCAACCACUACCGAUGGGGGUAUCGGCCUGAGCCUUGAACCAGAUCCGUGGGCUCUGAACAGUCCAGGAAAUGUAAACCUGUAUGCUCUCCAGAACUUUGCCUCCGUAUCUCUGAAGGAUCAGGCUACCAUUGCGAAAGAACUCAUUAAGGAGUUCUAUGGCCAGCCUGCGGAGUACUCCUAUUUUACAGGUUGUUCACAAGGUGGCCGCCAAGGAAUGAUGCUUGCCCAACGCUAUCCAGAAGCGUAUGACGGCAUUGCCGCGGCGGCACCAGCUCUUAACUGGGCUCGUCUCUUUCCUGCGGUUUCGUGGCCACAGGUCAUGAUGGAGCUCACCGGGCAAUUUCCCCCAAAAUGCGAAUUAGACGCGGUCACAGCUGGUGCCAUUGCAACUUGCGAUCCACAGGAUGGCGUCACCGAUGGCAUUAUUAGUGACCCUGCUGCCUGCUCCUUCGAUCCCUUCUCCAUGGUUGGUAAGAUUGUUAACUGCAAUAACGAAACUACUACGAUCAGCAACGCAGCUGCCACUAUCGCCAACCUUAGCUGGACAGGGCCCCGAAAAGCUAGUGGAGAUUUCCUCUACUACGGUCUCGAUUACCAAUCUCGACUUAGUGGCACUGGAGAUCAGAGCACCACUGCAGCUCUGGGCUUAGCGAUGACAAGUUGCACUUUGAAUGGAACUUGUAUAGGAUCGCCUACUGGACUCGGAGAAGCCUGGCUGAAGUUCAUGGUCAAGAAGGAUCCUGAUUGGGACUAUACAAAGAUUACCUCAGUUGAGGAAUACGCACGCCUAUUUCAGGUUUCUGUCCAGGAGUUUGACUCGAUCAUUGGGACGUUUGAUACUGACCUCUCUGCAUUUCGCGAUGCGGGCGGCAAAAUGAUUACUUAUCAUGGCAUGGUAGGUUACAACCCCGCAAUCUCCUCUUCCUUCGUUAGAGCCGACGGUCUCAUUCUUCGACAAGGAACCAACGAAUACUACGAUCGUGCCACAGAGCAGACACCAAAUGUCAAGGACUUCUUCCGCUACUUCGAAGUCCCAGGGUUAGCGCACUGUGCUGGUGGAGUAGGAGGACAGCCUACAGCGACGUUCCAAGCGCUGGUCGACUGGGUGGAGAGAGGCGUCAUUCCGGACACGCUGCCGAUCAACUUCAAGGAUACAAAUGGGACGCAGUACGAAAGAAUUCUGUGCCCUUACCCGGAGAAAGCGCGCCUUUUGUCUGCCGGUUUAGAUGUGACAAAGGCGGAGUCUUAUAAAUGCACUUUGUAA